AUGGCGGGGAAGGGAAUGUUGUUGCUAGCAGGCUUCCUUCUGCCUGGGUUCCUGCUCUCAGAGGCCAUCAAAAUUCUGACUGCAUUCUCACUGGGUGAGUGUUUGGCAGGAGAAUCAGAGUCAGGUGGAAGCCAUUAUUUACUGCAGGACCGGGUAUCUCAGAUUCUUCAAGAUCAUGGUUACAAUGUCACUAUGCUUUUUUAUGGAGAAGAAUUCUUAAUUCCAGACUUUGAAAAGAAUGAAAUUUCAUACAAUGUUAUCAGUUGGCUUCCACCUGAAGAUCAUAGAAAAGAUUUUAAUAACUCUUUUGAUUUCUUUGUGACAGAAGCUUUGCAUGGCAGAGAAGCAUUUGAGAACGUUGUAAAGUUAAUGGAACAACUGGGGAUUCGAUGCAGUGACUUGCUAAGGAGAGGAGAUAUCAUGGAUUUCUUAAAAAACGAGAACUUUGACCUGGUAUUUGUCGAAGCAUUUGACUUCUGUUCUUUCCUGGUUGCUGAGAAGCUUGGGAAGCCAUUUGUGGCAAUUCUUCCCACCCAGUUUGGCAGUAUGGACCAUGGGCUACCAAUCCCUGUGUCUUAUAUUCCAGUAUUCCGUUCCUUGCUAACUGACCACAUGGACUUCUGGGGCAGGGUGAAGAAUUUUCUGAUGCUUUUUGAUUUCUCCCUGAAGCAAUGGCGACUCCACUCUACAUAUGACAACACCAUCAAGGAACAUUUCCCAGAAGGUUCUAGGCCUGUUUUGUCUCAUCUUCUAAAGAAAGCAGAGCUGUGGUUUGUUAACUCUGACUUUGCCCUUGAGUUUGCUCGGCCUCUACUUCCCAACACUGUGUAUGUUGGAGGCUUAAUGGCGAGACCUGUUAAACCAGUAUCACAAGAAUUUGAGAAUUUCAUUGCCAAAUUUGGAGACUCUGGUUUUGUCCUUGUGGCCUUGGGCUCUAUUGUGAGUAUCUAUCAGUCCCAGGAAGUUCUCAGGGAAAUGAACAGUGCCUUUGCUCAUCUGUCUCAAGGGGUGAUAUGGAAGUGUAAUCCUUCUCAUUGGCCCAAAGACAUCAAAUUGGCAGCAAAUGUGAAAAUCAUGGACUGGCUUCCUCAGAAUGACCUAUUGGCUCACCCACGCAUCCGUCUCUUUGUCACCCAUGGUGGAUUGAAUAGCAUAAUGGAGGCCAUCCAACAUGGUGUACCCAUGGUAGGGAUUCCUGUCCUUGGAGAACAGGCUGAAAACCUGAUCCGAGUAGAAGCCAAAAAGUUUGGUGUCUCUAUCCAGUUAAAGCAGGUUAAGGCAGAGACAUUGGCUCUGAAGAUAAAGGAAGUAAUUGAAGACAAGAGGUACAAGUCAGCAGCUGUGGCUGCCAGCAUCAUCAGGCGCUCCCACCCCCUGACCCCUACCCAGAGGCUGGUGGGCUGGAUCAACCACAUCCUCCAGACAGGAGGUGCAGCCCACCUCAAGCCCCAUGGCCUGCAGCAGCCAUGGCAUGAGCAGUACCUGCUGGAUGUCUUCUUGUUCCUGCUGGUGGUCACCCUGAGCACACUGUGGAUCUGUGGGAAGCUGCUGGGCAUGGUGGCCAGGUGGUUGUGUGGAGCCAGGAAGCUGAAGAAGGCCUGA